AUGGGCGGGCGGGGCCGCCGCCGGGCGCGCUCCUGCCGAACGCGGAUCCCGAGGCGGCCGCGCGCAGCCCCGGCGGGGCGGGGCGGGGCGGGGCGGGGCGGGGGUAGGAGUGAGGAUGCCCGAGCCCCGCGCCGCGGCCCCGCGCCCCCGGGCCCCAUGAGCCGGCCGGGCCGGGACUACCUGGUGGAGGCGGCGCGGCAGCUGCGGCUGGCGCUGGAGCGAGACGUCAGCGAGGACUACGAGGAGGCCUUCAACCACUACCAGAACGGCGUGGACGUGCUGCUGCGCGGCGUGCAGGUGGAACCCAACCGGGAGCGGCGCGAGGCCGUGAAGCGGAAGAUCACGCAGUACCUGCGGCGCGCCGAGGAGAUCUUCACCUGCCACCUGCAGCGGGCGCUGGGCGAUGGCAGCCCCGGCGGCACGGGGUACAGCAGCCUCCGCCUGCGGCCCGUCAGGACGCUGCGCUCGGCGGUGGACAACCUGCGGCGGUGCCGGGUGCUGGCGCUCAUCGACAAGGUGCAGGUAGUGCAGGACCCGGCAACCGGCAGGACCUUCGUCCUUAAGAGCCUCCCCAAGUCCUUCGUGGAGACCCGCACUCGCCAGACCAUCAUCCCACAUGGCGUCCCCUUUAUGGUGAAGCUGCUGUGCUACUACGCAAGUGAGGACUCCAUCUUCCUGCACCUGGAGCACGUGCAGGGGGAGACACUGUGGUCCCACCUGCGUGCCAAGUACCGCUCUCAGCAGGGCUCUUGCCCCAGCUCUGGUUCCCUGUGUACUGCAGUCCCCCCAGCCCUGCAGGGCCAUGGGGGAGAGAACAGCGAGGACAGCACCAAAGGGAGCAGCCAGGGCUCCUCCAACCAAGCUGCAUUCACUCCCAGCCCCAGCCUCUGUGAGCAGGGUCUGGUCUUCCACACCCAGAACUCUGUGACCACUGGCGAGGCCAAGGGCUGCAUGUUGGCAAGAACAGCUCAGCAUGAGCCCAGGGCUCUCAGUGGCCAGACUGCCAGUCUGACCUGUGGUUGUGCUCCAGCCCCAUCGGGACUCCGCAGGGCUCCGGCCGCCUGGGGGCACGGCCGCACGGCCUGGGCUGUGAAGGAGGAGCAGGUGCAGAUGUGGGCAGCAGAAAUCCUCUUGGCUUUAGAGGGGCUUCACCAACAGGGCGUGUUGUGCCGGGACCUCAAUCCCAGGAACCUGCUGCUGGAUACAGCUGGUCACAUCCGUCUCACCUUCUUUGGCCAGUGGACAGAGGUAGAGCCACAGUACUGCAGCCAAGCACUGGAGCAGCUGUACAGUGCCCCAGAAGUGGGAGGCAUCGCAGAGCCGACUGAAGCAGCGGACUGCUGGAGCUUUGGGUCACUGCUGUACGAGCUGCUGACUGGAGUGCCACUGUUCCAAAGCCAUCCAACAGGGAUCUACCCUCACACACAGCUGCUUCUGCCCGAGGGUCUCAGCCUGGCAGCUACAUCACUACUUACUCAGCUCCUGCAGCACAACCCCAAACAGCGUUUGGGUGCAGGAGGAGGUGGAAUCUCCAAGCUCAAGUCCCACUCUUUCUUCAGCACCAUCUCUUGGAGCAAGCUGGUGGGCUAAGCAGGGGAGCUCGAGGGGCUGCGUCCUACCCAAAGCCUGUGAACCCACUUGGCUCUUCUGCCUGCAGUGGUGGGAGGCCUGCUUGUAAAGGGGGAGGGCACAUACAAGGUUUUGUGGCCACGAAUCUUCUGUUGCUGCCUACGCUUGCUAGCAUCUUCAAGGGGAGGCUGAGGGUUCUUCCAUUAGGACCCCCCUGCUUGGGAUGGAGUCUAUACCCUAAACCUCAUAUGUACCACCCUUUUCAGCCACUGAGGAGAGGCCAUGGCCCACUGCUUAGCACACUGCCGUGGGGUUUCUUCCCUCUGGUUUUAUUUCUGCUGCUACUGCAGUUGAUGUCCCUGUUAUUUUUUGUGGCUUCCAGUUGUGUCUCCCUGGGACUCUGCUGGCUGGUGCCCGAGCCUGUGCUCUGUGCCAUUCACCAGCUGCAUGUGUGUGGUAAUGCCUGCUGCAGGUCAGGGGUGGGAUGGAGCCCCUGGCUCUUCUACUCCCAGCUCUGUGAAAAGAAUAAACCACAUGUAACUGCUUGCA